AUGACCACUAUUCGUUGUGUCUGGGCUGAUAUAUUUAGCGAAGAAGACAUUUCAGUUUUGCAGCAUGGCUUAGAGUUUACAGAUACAGCAUCUGCUGUCUUAGGUUUAUGGCUAAAUCUAUCACUCCUGUUAACCAAUCUCAGAUACGAUUUAGGUUACCGCAAUUUGGCUUUUUUUACUUUAAUCUCUUGCAUACAACGCAUUUUUGCCGUCGCUAAUAAUUAUUUUUUUACCACAAGGUGUUUUGAGAUAACGGACUCCUGCGUCAUCAAUGGAUUUUGGAACACAUUUUUAUCGGUGUAUGAAGUUGAAUGUCUCACGCAUGUUUGCAUUGAACGAUACGUCGUAACAAAAUAUAUUAAUAAUGGUUGGGCCCUUAUAAGAUGGCAUUACACGAUGUAUCAAGGCUUAUGUAUUUUUUUCGCCUUGUUGUACUCGAUGACACCUCUACUUGGCGUUGGCGAAUAUGCACUUGAUUUUACAUGCAAAUCAUGCGCAUUCGAUAUGGUUUUGCCGGAUACAUUACAAAAAUAUUUCAUUAUUUUGGUAUUUCUGUUACGCAGCGUGAAAUCAGCGUCUUUUAUGGUGAUUAUGCUUUAUUGGGCUCGGAAAUUGGAAGGUUUGAAUAAAACUUCAAAACACAUUUUGGAAGAAGCGCCUUUUACGAAGAGUGUUAUUGUUAUAACGAUCGUGAACUUGUUAUGCUGGUGGCCUAUCACUGCGAUUCGGGGUUCGGUGGUGCUGUCGAGCUUUCUUCAUGGAUAUAUACUAAACCCACCUGCCACGCUUAUUCAGUGGGCAUUGUGGGUUAAUUCGGCUGCACCAGCGUUAACUGUAAUGGCUCUUUAUAUUGUGGAUCGUAAGAUCCGUAAAAAAAUGAACAAAUGUGAGACAAGUCCUGCUAAAGAGAAGAAAAUAUGA